GAGCACGCGACCAAGAUGGCGACGAGACGACCGGACAGAACUCCCAGUAUUCUUUCCUCUGUGCUUCUUCAAAUCCUGCUCUACCUCUCUGCAUUCUACAGCCUCUUCUACUUCCUUUCCAGCCUCUGUAUGAUCAUCUACAAAAGUCAGGUGCUGAGUUACCCUGGUAGUUAUUUGGCGCUAGAUGUGUGCUUGCUCCUGUUGAUGGCUGCUUUCGAAAGCUUGAGAGUCUACUGGGGAGUGAGAGGGAACCUGCAGGAGAGCAAGAGAUAUGUAGGUGCAAGUCUGCUUAUGUCAGGAGCCACACUUCUGCUCUCAGUGUACUUCCUGGUGUGGCAGUCAUAUGUGCUAAGAGCUGAUGUCAUCAUUAACGCCAUCCUGCUCUGCAUCUAUAGUCUCUCUGGAGUAGCCAGCUUUGGAGCCCUUGCACGCUUCACCAGCAUUUACUCAUGACACACUAGGUCUGUCCUGAUGGGAUAAAUCCAUGUCUACAGCAGCACUUCACUUGAUGUAUGGACUUCAUGUUCCAUAACGUACCAGUGCAGAUCCUCUGUCUCAGCAUAAACACUGGUUUGAAAUAGGAUGAGAGACUUUGAACUGAGAACAUGCCGUUAACUACAUUUCUCUAAAUUGUACAAACACACAGAAUGCAAAAUAGACAUUAACAAAAUGAGGUUUUUUUGUUUCUAUCUUUUUUUUCUAUUUUUGCACAUGUGGCAUGAGUUGAGGAGACUAAUGUUAAAAUAAGCCAUAGUCCACAUUGUGGGUGCAAUGGGUAACUGAGUGAUCAAUCUCAUUAAAUCUGAAGGUUAAUAAUUAAAUUGAAUCAGUCUCAUUGAAUCAUACCAUUGAAUCAGUCUCAUUAAUUAAUACCAUUAAUUUUGGUGCUUAAUAAUAAAUUACCAAACAGCU